CGGAUCGGAUCAAAAACCACGAGGGACGAGAUUUAUGCGCUGACGAAACACGAGAUCGACGUCGCGAAACGAAAACUCGAAAUUCAUUUAAACUGAUAGCAUCAUAAGACAUCAUCUCUAUACGCAAUGCGGAUUGCAGAGGUAAGAAAUUUUGGCGCGCUGAUAUGGGGAGGGGAUUUCCGAGAAGAGGGUGUGCGAUCGCCGUACGCCCGUACCCCCCGCUUGCAUUUUCUGUUCAGUGGCGCCCUCCGAGCACAACAGUUUCGACAUCGACAACAAGAUCGUGAAAAAAUUCAGUACAUUCGUCUUCGUUGCGCAGCCGCGGUGUCGUCGCGAGCACGUGUAGCCGGUUUACAUAUACGUACACGAAUACUAAUAUAUUUUAACCAGUAAGUCGCGAGUGUGUAGUGUCAGUGUGCCAAGAAGAAUAUUAUGAACUUUGUACGUCACGGAAUUAUCAUUCCGGUGGCGCGUUUCGCAACGCUUUGUGAGAUAAAGUCGGCGGCCGCGUUGCUUCUCGGAAAUUCGGCGGUAGAGGCUCGUCGACCAGUUUUUCGGGGAUUCAAAGAAGCUGCAGUUGUUUCGAAUCAUCAGCGUGGGAUAAACAUGUCGAAGAGCACGUUGGAGAGCGCGAAAAAAAUCGCGGCGUACAAAGCCGUGGACGAGUAUGUAAAGGACAACAGUGUUAUUGGGAUUGGUAGUGGGUCAACUAUUGUUUACGCCGUCCAGAGGUUAGCUGAACGUGUGAAAGAAGAAAAACUCAAUGUAGUUUGUGUACCUACCUCAUUUCAAGCUCGCCAGCUUAUUAUUAACAAUCAUUUAAGUUUAGGAGAUUUAGAAACUCACCCUCAGUUGGAUUUUGCUAUUGAUGGUGCUGAUGAAGUUGACUGUGAUCUUAAUCUUAUCAAGGGAGGUGGAGGUUGCUUAUUACAAGAAAAAAUUGUAGCCUCUUGUACCGAUACUUUGGUUAUUAUAGCAGAUUACACAAAAAAUUCGCAAAAACUUGGUGAGCAGUACAAAAAAGGUCUUCCUUUGGAAGUAGUCCCUAUGGCCUAUGUUCCUAUAAGAAGAAAAGUAGAAGAAGAUUUUGGAGGCAGUGUUAAAUUGAGAAUGGCAGUAGCUAAAGCAGGUCCAGUGGUGACUGACAAUGGCAAUUUUAUUUUGGAUUGGCAAUUUCCUGACAAUGUCAAGGACUGGCCUGCUGUGAAUCAAAAACUUUUGUCAAUUCCUGGUUUAGUUGAAACUGGUCUAUUUGUUAAUAUGGCGAAAAAAGUAUUCUUUGGAAUGCCUGAUGGUAGCAUUAAAGAACAAGUGUAAUUAAGAUAAUCUAUUGAAAAAAUUAAUUUCAUAAAGACUACAUAGUUUAUAUUUUUAUAAUGCAAUUUUUAGAAUUAUAUUCAUGACUUAAUUAUCAAUCUGUAAUAUGAUCUGAUAAUUAGAAUUAAGGUUGACUAUAAUAUCACAAAAGAGAACGUCAUUUAUGUAGUUUUUGUACGUGCCAUACAUUACUUGUUUUAUAAAUGUUCAUGUUUAUAUUUAUGAAAUUAAUGUGAAACCCGACAAUGAAAAAUAUAUCAACAGUUUUAUGAAA